UAUUUAAAAUGAUGACGUAGGUAGCGGUAUGCAAUUUACUGCUUGGCGUAUCUCAAGCAGGACGUUUACGCCCCCGAUGUCGCACACAAAGUAGAACCAGAACGAGUAACGCGAUCCUGUUCCUUUGUGAGGCGUUCAUCCGGCUGCUUUCAUUUGGCAACAUGUCCAGUCUACCUGAAUACUGGACAAAUGUGGACGUUUACGUAAAUGGACAAACAUUUAAUUAGAAAUAUUACUGUUAGAACGAUUUGCUUUGAUUUGGUGCCUAGUGUGCUAUUAAUUGAACUCAUCCUGGAGAAUGCAAUCACUUUUCGAUUAUCAAGAAAAUGGAUGUCCAUGGUACUACUUUGAUAGUUCAUAUAAAAUGUUAUUGGGCGCGUGUCUCAUUGUCUUUGGUGUAUUUGGGGUGCUGGUCAACGGUUGGCUUUUUGCCACAUUCAUCCACAGUCACCUGCUCAUUUCCAAGAGCCAUAUACUCGUUCUUAAUCUUUGUACGGCUUCGCUUGGCAAAAAUAUUCUUGGGUUUCCAUUUUCGGGCUCUUCAGCUAUAGGUAAAAGAUGGAUUUUUGGAUCAGCGUGCUGUCAACUGUUUGGAUUUUUAAAUCAGUUUUUUGGUAUCUUUCAAAUGACUGCUUUAGUUGCAUUAGUAUUGGAAAGGUAUUUGUUAGCAAGACGCAACAGACGAGAGAAAAGAUUGCACUUUAGAUUCUACUUCACCGUGGUUGGUGUCUGUUGGAUCAAAUCUGCAAUAUUUGCAACACCUCCAUUGUUCGGUUACGGCGUGUACUCGUGUGACUCCACGGGGACAGUUUGUUCUUUCCUAUGGCCCGCGCUGACUUCUAGCACGAAAGAGUUGGGUUAUAGUGUACCGUAUGUUAUAUUGUGCGGUUUGGUACCAUUAAUAGCAAUAUUUCAUUUUAUGGGCAAAGCUGUGCGUCUGGAACAAAUUUAUUAUAGGAAUGAGCAGUUGAAAGAAGAAAAACGCUUAACCAAGAGUGUUCACGGGACGUGCAUAGCGACACUGGCGCUGUGGGUACCGGCGGGCGUAUUAGCGGGCUGGCAGUGGGUGCCGUUGCUUAUCUACGGCUACAGACCACACGUGCCACCGGCCCUCUCGCUUCUAGCGCCAAUCGCUUCAGAGGCGGCAACCAGUAUACCAGUGUUAUUUUAUCUGUGCGGAGAUGAAAGGUUGCGCGCUGCGCUGCUGGGGCGCAUGCGCAAACAAUACGGCCUGCUGCGACCGGACCGCGCACAGCGGUACAUAAGAGCAUAAAUUAUUGGAAAGAAAAGAAAAUAAAUUCGCGAAGAAAA